AUAGUAAUCGUUAUUUAAAUUUACUUUAUUGACUAGCAAUGCCCAGAAUCGUAUGUUGAGUUCUAUGGUAGUGGUGCAUGGAAUAACGCUCAAGUCAGAGAGAAAACAGUCAGCGCACAUGUAGGUGUUGAAUUUUGUAACACAAAUUACGCGUGAAAUAGUGUACAGAGUAACUGACGUUAUUAGCAGACAUCGCUAACCGAAUAGGCUAAAUCUGUUGUGGUGGAUCCAUGUUGUACAAAUAUCGAUAUAAUGAUUUAUUUUCAACUUAUUCAUCUUUGUUUUCCCCCAGACUUCCCUAUCAAGUAAUUCACACCAACAUUUUGGUUUCGCCAAUCAUCGUUUCUUUUUUAUUUUGUUUUUAGUUACUUAAAUGAAUACAGAUACUCCAUUGGAGUCGAUAAUCAGACAUUCUAGUAUCCAAUCAACGUCAAAUAGACAUCCACUACUCUGGGAUCCCGUACUAAUUGGAUGUGGGAUUACGACUGUUACUUCAUGCUACAUUUUUUGGUCAUUCAUCUCUCCUGCAUUUCGGAGAAUUUGUUUACCAUUCUUACCUGCUACGUCGACUCAGCUAGAUAAUACGUACAAGCUUCUGGAGUAUGCGCAAAGUCAAAAAAGUGAUAAGUCAUUAGGAUCCAUAAUUGAUCUAGGCAGCGGUGAUGGACGUGUGUUAAUUGAUUUAAUAAGUCGGCCAACAUUGAAAAUCACUUCUGCUCAUGGUGUAGAGUUAAAUCGUCCGCUUGUUUGGUAUUCACGUAUCAACUCCUUUUGUAGUAAUAAAGUACUCACUACACCCAAAGUAACUUUCGCUUGCAAAAAUAUGUGGAAAACUAAUCUUUCUGUAUAUGAUACAGUGUUACUGUUUGGUGUAGAUUCAAUGAUGGGAUCUAUCGAACAGAAACUUAACAAAGAAUUAAAAAAUGGUUCAAUCGUCAUUACAGCCAGAUAUCCACUGCCUAAUAUCCAAGCAUCCAAAUCCAUUAUUGAUGGACCCCACUCAGUAUAUUUGUACAAAAUGUAGUUAUUACUAAUAUGACUUUGUAAUUACUUUCCGUAUAUUUAUUCAACCAUCCUUUUGUUUAACAAAUCACAAAAUGUCUUCAACUUAUUUUAUCACAUCAAUUAGCUAAUUAUUUUAAAAUAAUAUCUACCUAAAAGUUUAGUGCUCCAAUAUGUAGAGCGUGAUAUCCUUCUACUAUUGGUUGAUACCCGUUUCCUUUUCUU